CCCUUGCUUGCAUCCUCAAAACACUCUGCAUCCCGACUUCCUCUUCAAUUGCUUUCUCUCCUCCACAACAACAAUAACAGUUCUUAGCUGCAACAAACCGGUUUUCGAAUCCCGGAAAUAAUCAUCGGAAUCUGGAGCCAAAAUCACUCGUGUCAGCGUUCGCAUCAAUCGAGAUCAACAGUCAGAAUUACGACUCACACCACUCACCGUCGCAUCAAUUAUCCUGCUGUUACACGAACCCUGGACGCCUGCCAUUAUUAUUCUUGCCGAUCAAGUCUCCCUGCGAGACCAUACCAUUAAUCUCAGAAAAUGUCCGGCUAUGAUGGCUACACCAGUUACAGGUCCACUCGCAAGAGGCAACGCUCAGAAUCCCCCUACGACGACGACCGCAGAGACGACCGCAGAGACGACCGCAACUAUGACCGCAACGACCGCAACGACGACCGUCGAUACAAGUCUGCGAGGCAUGACGAAGAGGAGGACGACAACGAUGUCCUCCCACAGCCGUUUGACGCCCGCAAAUUAGCUCCGGCCAAGAGAACUCAAACGCCCACUACCAGCGGCGAGCCUAGAAAGCAGAAGCGGCCUGGCCAACGUGCCCGCAUCACGGAAGCCGAGCGCGAACAGAUUCGUCAACGCCAGAUGGAGCGCGAGCGCCAGGCUCAGCGGGAGGCAGAAGCGGCCGCCGAAGCCGAGCGCCGCAACACGGUUAAUGACGUUGUACGCGCCCAUUACAAUGCUGUGCCCGAGCGUGGCCGUGACUGGCGCAAGACGGACAGUCGUAUCAAAGGUCUACGCUCCUUCAACAACUGGGUCAAGAGCUGUAUCAUCCAGAAGUUUUCUCCUGACGAGGACCACUCCCCUGGCGCCCGUGAGCGGGGAAUCAGUUCGAACAAUCAGCUGUUGGUGCUAGACAUUGGAUGCGGCAAGGGCGGUGAUUUGGGCAAGUGGCAGCAGGCGCCUCAGCCCGUGGAGCUCUACGUCGGGCUGGACCCAGCAGAUGUCUCCAUUGACCAGGCCCGCGAUCGGUACCGUAGUAUGGUGGCUCGCGGCGGCCACGGAGGCAGGGGCGGACGGGGUGGCUAUAAUAGGAGACAGCCGCCGCUCUUCGAGGCACGGUUCCACGUCAAGGACUGCUAUGGCGAGUCGAUUGAGGACAUUGACAUUAUCCGGCAGGUUGGGUUCGCGUCGUCCAACAUUGGUGGCCCCAGUCAUCGAGGCUUUGACGUGGUCAGCAUGAUGUUUUGCAUGCACUACGCCUUCGAGACGGAGGCUAAGGCGCGGCAGAUGCUGAAGAACGUGGCCGGAGCGCUGAAGAAGGGCGGUCGGUUCAUAGGAUGUAUCCCCAACUCGGACGUCAUCAGCGCAAGGGUGGAGGAGUUCAACAAGCGAUUGGCCGAGCAGCAGAAAGCUAAGGAGGACCAGGCCCAACCUAGCGUUGAAACCGACGGAAACACGCCCAGGGAAACAGCCCCCAAUGGCGACUCCGAGAAGCCCUCGUCAGACCAAUCAGAGAGAAAGCCUGCCUCAGAAGACGGGGAGGCCUCGGAAGAGGCGCCCAAACCUGACGAAGACAAGGAAGAAGGGGAGCUGGAGGAAGGCGAACUUGAACCUACUUCUGAGCCCAAACCGCCCUCCGACCCAACCAUCGCAGAAUGGGGCAACGACAUCUACCGCGUGCGGUUCAACGGCCCUACGCCCGCCGACGGGAUCUUCCGCCCUCCGUUCGGGUGGAAGUACAACUUCUUCCUUCAUGAGGCCGUCGAGGAGGUUCCCGAAUACGUGGUUCCCUGGGAGGCCUUCCGUGCACUGGCGGAGGAUUAUAACUUGGAGUUGCAGUACCAUAAGACUUUCACGGACGUGUGGGAGACGGAGAAGGACGACCGGGAACUGGGGCCCCUGAGUGAGAGGAUGGGGGUGAGGGAUAGGAUGAGCGGAAAGUUGUUGGUAAGCCCAGAGGAGAUGGAGGCGGCGAGCUUCUACGUUGCUUUCUGCUUCUACAAGGUUUGAGGUUGUUUUCGAGGUGGUUGUGGGAAGGAGUCUUGGACGCUUUCCACUGGGUGUCAUUAUUUUCCCCGAAGCUUAAUUCCAUUUAUUGCAACAUUAGUAAUUGGCCGCCAUUGCCCAUGAAGGAGUUGGUCGGUCCGCGAAAGAACGAUUAAACUAGAGGUUAAGCGAUCUAGAGGGCGGACUGGUUCCGAAAUGCAUGAUAGACGAUUCCCAAGGUCUUAGGCCAACUUGCUGCGAGC